AAAAAAACGACACUAACAAUUGAAAAAAUUUACUCUCAUCAUUUUUUCCCUAACGCGCGAAACGAAGAAUAACUUCAAUAAGUUAAAGCUCGUCAAGUGAUGAACUUCAUUAAAAAAAAACAGAUAGUUUUAAAUUUCGUUUUUGUCGUUUUUAAUGAUUUUUAACAUCAAACUGAAAGGGAAACAGGCAAAACAUAUAGACAAAUACAUUAUUAAAUUUAAAUCAUAAUUUGAAUAAUAGGUACGAAAUGUUAUUUAAUAAUAUGAUAUUGUGUCAUAACAAAAGGGUCUUUGACACUGAUAUUAAAUCGGAUCAAAGUUCACGGGAUGUAAAUAAGGAAAUAAUCUAUUAACGAUAAUUUGGUUAUCUUGGAGGAAGAUGAAAGUAGUCUUAUUUAAAUUCUUAAACAUGCGGGUUGUAUUUUUGUUAUGUUUUUUAUCGCUCUUUAUUUCAGCUUUUGCUAGCACUGCAGUUCUUAUCCUUGCUCGUGGGGGCUCAAAAGGAGUUCACUUAAAGAAUCUACGUGAUGUUGGCGGGAAAACAUUACUAUCAAGAGCCAUAUUUGCUGCAAAACAUGCACAUCUCAAAGAUAUAACUAUAUCUACCGAUAAUCCUUUGAUUGCAUUAGAGGCAUUGAAGAACGGUGUCAGUGUUUUUAAAAGAAGUUACGUAACGGCGACUGAUUGGGCACCGUCUAUUUGGGGUGUUCAAGAGUUUUUGUCUCAAAGGCCUGAUAUAGAUGUUUUAGUUUUACUUCAAGCUACAUCCCCCUUUACGUCGCCGGAACAUUUAAAGCUUUCACUAACAAAACUUGAUCAACCGAAGCCAUAUGACUGCAUUUUCAGUGUAACAAGAAGCUUCAAGCUUCGUUGGAAUUCGAGUGGUUCAAUUGUUUAUCCAAUAAACUUUAACUAUAAACUACGACCUAGGAGACAGGAUUGGAGUGGGGAAUAUAUAGAAACUGGCGGGUUUUACAUAAUUCGAUCACAUAUUAUCCAGCAGGGAUUUUUACAAAACGACAAUUGCACGUUAUGGGAAGUUUCGCAAUUAGAAAGCAUAGAAAUUGACUCAGAAUUAGAUAUUUAUAUAGCAAAUAUAUUAUCAUUAGUUCUUUAGAAGAUUCCCUUACAG